AUGAAGUGGCCUGUCGUCCAGACGGCAGCAUUGACUGUCUCGCUAACUGUAGCCUCUGCCCAAUACCAGAGCCGUCAAGGCCAAGGCAGUACAAGGACAAGCGGGCAGGGUCAAGCGGUGCAAUGCAUCGACAUGAUGUCCCAGGUCGAUGGCGGACAGUUGGCAACGAAACCGAAGCCUCCCGCGCGGCACCGCAAGGACAACGGCACGGCGUAUAACUUUGCCGACAACAUAGUAGACUGCCCUAAAGGCACCGUUCCGCGAGCGGCGCCUCUGUCGCUGUCCAACUGUUCGGCCAAGAAGCGCCGCAGCGUCCGUCCGAUUCACCCAAGAGCGGAGGUGGUGGCUCAAGGCACCGCCUAUCAUGCCGGCGUCGCCACCUCGGGGAGCUCGAGCCAAGGCGGAGGGGGCAUUUUCCUCGUUGCCAAACCGCCCAUGCGCCAAUGUGCAGCUGGUACCUCGGUCCUUCAGAUGGCCUUUACCCACUCUGCCGGUACUGGGAGCCACAGGCAGCAGACGGUCGAGGCUGGCCUCACCUUGAUGCCCCAGGCCGCCGACAAGCAGUUUCUCUUCACUUACUAUACCAACACGGCCCAUGCGAGCGAUUCCGAUGGAACCGGUGGCUACAAUGGCGAUCAUGGUGGCUGGGUCCAGGUCUGUCCCGAGCUCUACCCUGGCAUGAUGGUAGACUCCCCCGGCGAUGGCACCGAGCGAGACAUCGAGAUGAUGUAUAUCCUGGACCAGGGGAACUGGUGGCUCUGGGUCCAAGACCGUUUCAUCGGCUACUAUCCCGGCUCCCUUUUCAACAAUGGGCUCGCAAGCGGCGCACAGGGCGUCACCUUAUUCGGAGAAGUCUUCGCCAUGGGCGGAGUUGACACGGGAAUCCCCAUGGGAACUGGUGUUUUGCCUACCGACAGCCAGGGCACGACAGAAGAGCCGUCCUGCCAUGGAGCGACAUACAUACGCAACAUGUUCCAAAUUAAUGGGAACUCCGGCGACAUCGACUUGGAUGCUAAUACGGUGCUUACACACAAUAGUUACGCCAUCACCAAACAUAUGUCCUCAACUCCUUGGGGGAGCUUCAUCUGCGUUGGCGGGCCCAACGGUGGUUCCACAGCUUCCGGCAGUUCCAAUUCCGCUUCCGCUUACUCUGGUGCUGCUGGUUCCUCUUCCUCUGGCAAUGCUGGCUUCUCUUCGUAUGCCGGUACUGGUUCCUCUUCGUCUGCCGGUACUGGUGCCUCCUACUCUGGCGGUGCUGAUGCCUCCUACUCUGGCGGUACUGGCUCCUCCUACUCUGCCGGAACUGGCUCCUCCUACUCCACCGAUAAUGGUUCCUCCGCCUCUGACGAUACUGAAUCCUCCUCCUCUGACGAUACUGAAUCCUCCUCCUCUGCCGAUACUGAAUCCUCCUCCUCUGCCAAUACUGGUUCCUCCAACAAUGGCGGUGCUGGUUCCUCCUAG